UUGUAUCGGUCUCUCGAUUUUUAGACUUAAGCAGUGUUGCUUACAAGAGAAGUAAAGACAUGACAACUGAUCUAGGAGCCGGGAUUCCUUCGAGUCAGUCCUUCAACAGUUUUAUGGAGAUGCACCAACAUCUUCAUUCAGACACAGAUGGGCUACCUAGCUGGCCCGUCCAUGUGUAUGAUGGCUAUAUGGAACAUCCAGGCCGUGGAGAGGUGUUUUUAUUCACCUCCGAAUCUGUAGGAGAAGGUCAUCCAGAUAAAAUGUGUGACCAAAUCAGUGACGCCAUUUUAGACGCACAUCUUUCCCAAGACCCGGAUGCAAAGGUAGCGUGUGAAUGUGUAACCAAAACGGGUAUGGUUCUUUUAUGUGGAGAGAUAACUUCUAAGACACAUGUGGACUAUCAGAGGGUUGUUCGAAACACUAUUAAGCAUAUUGGUUACGACGAUUCUUCUAAAGGUUUCGACUACAAAACAAUGAAUCUAGUGGUGGCUAUAGAAGAACAAAGUGAAAACAUUGCUAGCGGAGUUCAUCACGAAAAGGACGAAGACACAUUGGGAGCUGGAGAUCAGGGCUUGAUGUUCGGCUAUGCUACCAAUGAGACUGAAGAAUGUAUGCCGUUGACUGUAAAAUUAGCCCACGUGUUAAAUCUACGUUUAGCUGAAAUGCGACGAGAUGGAACAUUCUGGUGGGCUAGACCAGAUUCCAAAACACAGGUAACAUGCGAGUAUUACUUCGACCAUGGGGUUGCUGUGCCCAUUCGGGUACACACCGUUAUUAUCUCUGUUCAGCACUCUGAUGAGAUUAGUUUAGAGGAACUUCGCAAACAGAUCUUGGAAAAGCUCAUCAAAACUGUUAUUCCUCCCGAACUGAUGGAUGAUAAAACAAUUUUGCACAUUAAUCCAUGCGGUAAAUUUGUCAUAGGUGGACCUAUGGGUGACGCAGGCUUGACGGGGAGAAAGAUAAUAGUUGAUACUUACGGCGGCUGGGGAGCCCAUGGAGGAGGAGCCUUUUCCGGUAAGGAUCCUACCAAAGUCGAUCGCUCUGCUGCUUAUGCUGCUCGCUGGGUAGCAAAGUCAUUGGUGAAAUCUAAGCUCUGCAAACGGUGUCUUGUCCAGCUCUCCUACGCUAUCGGUAUAUCCGAACCAAUCUCCAUAGCAAUUUUCACCUACGGAACAUCGAAACUUUCUCAUCUAGAACUAUUACAGAUCGUCAGGGAUAACUUUGAUUUGCGGCCAGGCAAGAUCAUAAAGGAUUUGGACUUAAAACGUCCGAUUUUUCAGAAAACGAGUACUUAUGGUCAUUUCGGUCGGGAUGAUUUUCCCUGGGAAAUUACGAAGAAGCUAACGCUACCAACUGGAUGCCCUUUUGUUGAAUAAAUAUUAGGAAGGAAUUUGUAAUUAAUUUCUUUGUUUUCAUGUUUUAUGUUAAAACUGUUUUUGAAAGUGACAUGAAUUUUGGAAUCAUAACAUUUCUUUCUUUAUAUUCGAUCAAGAGAUGGUAAUAUUAUAGUAAACUUCGAUAAUAAGGUCCGUGAGUAGUUUUGAAGGAUUUUACCAUAAGAUUACAUAAAUUUUGUAAAUAGCAAUGCCAUAGUUUAUAGUAUGUAAAGUACUUACAAAUGUAGAAGGUAUAAAAUGAACAGCGUGUCUAUAGUUAGUUAUCUACAAAGAACUGUACGUAU